AUGAUUGGUAGCCACACUGCAGACUGCAGUUUCCAUCUUCCCGAACAUGAUGAGCAUGUUCCUGAGGAUCUGCCCGUGUCUCCCCGUCUUUUUGGCAUAUGCAUUGUGUCAUCGGACUCGGCCGACUCCACCAUGAGACACAACAUCAGGAUGGCUUCAAACACUACCACACCCGUCAUUACCCCCCUUGCCCAUCCCGAGGGCUCGAACCUCGACUUUGGAGCUACAGUAACGGGAGUCGACAUUGAGAACUUGACUGACCAAGACUUCGCCGUCCUCCGCACCGCCCUCUUCACCCACCAAGUCCUCGUCAUCAAGAACCAAUCCCACGUCACCCCUCGCGCCCAGUACGAGUUGACCCAACGCUUCGACCCUCUCGCCGCCCCCCUCUACGGCCACGGCAACGACUCCAAGUCGGGCUCCGCCGCCGUCGCCAGCAAAUCCAUCCUCCACCCCGACCUCAAGACCAUCCCCCACCAGCCCCAAGUCCAAGUAAUCGGCAACGGCUUCGUCCCCGCCUACGAAGGGCUCACCAACAUCCAACUCCGCCACCCUCACCACCACACCUUCCACUCUACCUCCAUCCCCGCCUCCCACGACCUCACCCACACGCGUUUCUACCGGUGGCACAUCGACGCCGCUCUCUACGGCGGCGUCGCCCGCGCCCCGCCCGUGGUGACCACGCUCCUCGCCGUCAAAGUCCCCAAAGGUCGCAGGCAGACGUGCGUCUACGACGACGGCACGGGCGACGAGCUGGAUGUGCCUCUUGGCACCACGGCUUUCGUGUCGGGUUACAAAAUGUACGACAUUUUGUCCGACACCCAAAAGGCGUUUGCGCGCUCGACGAGGGUCGAGUACGCGCCGCAUCCGUAUGUCUGGAUGUCGAGCGCCAAGUCACGCAGUACCGGUCUGGGCAUGGUGUCUGAGGGGAAGGAGAUGCCACUCGGAGAACUGCCGGAGAUUGAAGAGGAUAAAAUCCAGAUCUUGCCCAUGUGCUGGCGGAACCCGGUUACGGGCAAGUUGGCGCUGCAGGUCCAUCCCAGCGCGGUGAGGAGGCUGCACCUUGGGGAUGGGACGGUGGUGGAGGAUUUGAAGGAGGGGCACGUUGCAUAGUGUUGUGGGAGCGUUUGCGGAGAGUGAGGUGAGACUGUUUAGGCAGUGUAAUAUUGCUGGGAGUGAGUUCCCGGAGGGGCCGGAGAAGUUGUGUGAGGAGGGGGAGAGCGAGGAGGUGCAUGAGGAACAGGAGGAGGGGGUUGUGGAGGUUAAGGAGCAGGAAAAGAUUCCUGGACUGAGGACGGGAGCGGUGGAGGUUGGUGUUGCUGCUUGAAUUGGAGGAGGAGUUGAUGAAUGAUGCGCUUUUCAUGAUACCUUUCGUAGUUUGUUGCUCUUGUUUUACAUUUUUUCCUACAUAGCUGAACAAAUUAUUGAACAUCUUUAUACCUAA